GUCAGCCUUAUUUCGAAGCAAAACAAAAAAUAGAAUGACAAGGUCUGCCUCUAAAGCAAUUAAGGCUGAAAGGAAGGCGGCCCUCAAAGCUCGAAAGGAGCGCAAACUUCUUGAAGAACAAAUCAAAAAGUCAAACGAAAAGUGCGAUGAGGCCAGGGGGUUUCUCGAAUAUACAGGGAAGAACACAGAGUCAAAUAUCUUAAAGGCAAAAGAAGCUUUAGACAUUGCUAUUGAGUUGUAUAAUAGUAAUUCAGUGGCCUUUUUCCUUAUGGGUGAAGUGUACCUUGCACAAAGACAGCACCAACGUGCACUUGAAUCUUAUUCACGGGCGUUAGCUAUAAAUCCCACACAUGUUGCUUCAUUCGAGCGGAGGGCCAUUUGCUAUGAGCAUUUGAACGACACUGAUCACGCGAUUCAGGAUUACACUAGUAUUAUUGACCUAGAGCCAAACAAUGAUUACGCGUAUAACAUGAGGGGACUCUGUAUCUUGAAUAGACAGGUUCCUGGAAUAAUACUGUCAUCCUCAUGUUUCACCUUGUGCGAAAACGACUUUAAAGCGGCUCUUCGACUAAACAAAGCCAACUACUAUGCUUUGGCGAAUCUCGGUAAGCUGUAUGAGGAUCAGGGGGAACUGAAUCAGGCUCUGACGUACUACACUGCGGCGUUAGAUGUGAAGGAAAACUAUACCUACUCUCGAUUUCGUAGGGGCUGCACAUUUCUACAGUUAGCCGAAAACAUGCUCACUAAACUCGACGCUGAAGAAGGGGGAUACCUGGACGAAGCGGGUGUCGUGUAUUCUCCAAAAAAAUUGUUGCUUCUCCAACACAAAAGUGUGGUCCAGUUCUCUCUCAUGCUGACAUUCAGUCACUUAAACAGGAAGUCAUUAAAUCCCGUCGCAUUGCCGAAGAAAGAAGUACAUUUAAAUCUUACGUCCAAUCCGCGGCAAAGGACUUUUCUGCUCUCAUCAAUCCUGAUGCUAACCCAGACCUCGCAGACCCCACUGUGGUGCUUAAUCUUGGUACAUGUUGGUUGUUGCUGA